ACCUUUUGGCACGAUUUCCUUGCCGGGGGUGCCGCCGGAUCCGCAUCCGUUGUGGUGGGACAUCCCUUUGAUACCGUCAAGGUACGGAUGCAAACGUCCGUCAUCAAGGCCGGGACGCCCGCCAACGGAUUGCUCGCCACGCUGGGUGAAUUCGGCGGUGUCGGCAGUUUGUUUCGCGGUAUGGCGGCACCCUUGUCCGCUGCGGCAGCCAUCAAUGCUAUGGUCUUUUCCAGUUACGGCCUCGCCUCCAAAGGGUACGAUCGGUAUCUGUCCUCCGUCUGCGGAUCCUUCGCCGGACUCGUACAGUGUACCAUCAUUUGUCCCAUGGAACACAUCAAAUGCCGACUACAAGUACAGCACGGCAAGGGUAGUGCGGAUUACAAAUUCAAAGGUCCGGUACAGGCUAUUCGCUCGAUCGUCCGGGAGCACGGUAUCACCCGUUUGUACCAAGGCUGGUGGGUCACUACGUGGCGGGAAGUCCCCGCCUUUGGUUUGUACUUUGCCACUUACGAUUAUCUCAAAGACUGGGCCAACACUUUUCUUCUCUCGCGUGCCUUGGCCGCAGCCACUGUCGACGGGCGGAACGACGAUCCCGACAGCUUUGUACCCCACCACUCCCACACCUGGUUGGCCUCCGCCUUUGCCGGCGGAUGUGCCGGUUCCUUGACCUGGGCGAUCGUUUACCCGGUCGACGUCAUUAAAACGCGCAUUCAAACCGCACCGCUCGAUCAACCCCGAUCGCAAUUGCGCAUGCUGACCGUCGGCGCCGACUUGGUCCGCCAGUACGGUGUCCGCUACCUUUUUCGCGGUCUCAGUGUCACCCUGCUACGCGCUUUUCCCGUCAACGGAACGAUUUUCCCCGUCUACGAAUUCACCUUACUACAGGUCGGAAAAUUCCAUGCCGAAUGA